AUGGUCACAGUUCAUCAAGAGCCAAAUUACGAAGAUGAGUUCAAGCCACCAAGAUUCAGUAUCAAGAAAGAACAAACGAAUUACCAUUUAAAAAUUGCUAAUGUGGAACCAUCAGUUGAAGCCGUGUAUUACUGUGCGCUGAGAGACUUUUUAACAAGAUUUGGAAAUGGAACAUUUUUAUCAGUGAAAGGUCCAGCCCAAUCUGUGGAUUUUUUACAACCACUAUUUGUCUCAGUAAAGUCUGGAGAACGUGUUAGUCUUAACUGCCCAUUUGGAGACAAUCAUAGGACCGAAAGUGUGAUUUGGUACAAACAGAGAUUUGGAGAGAUGCCUCGAAAAGUUGGAGAAAGAUUGGCAUAUAAGGAGGUAAAAUUUUCCCCGGAGUUCAAAACAUCUGAAUUCCAAAUGGAGUCGACGGACAGUGGCAUUUCUCUGAUAAUUCUACAUAUAAAUAAAGAUCAUGGAGGACUUUACUACUGCGUAAAAUCAUUUAACUUGGAGAAUGUUACACUAUCCAAUGGAACAGUCUUGGCUGUAACAGGUGAUGGAGAUGUAAAAGUGGCAGUGUUCCAGAGCGGCGUGUCGGACUCGGUUCCUGCAGGAGCGUCAGUGACUCUGCAGUGCUCGGUUCUCUCUGAGAGCAGAUCAGCAGAACUCCAAGUGCUCUGGUUCAGAGCUGCUCCACCACAAUCCCAUCCUCAAAUCAUUUACACUCAUCACAACAGCAGCCGUCAGUGUGAGAGCGGCUCUUCUACACACACCUGUGUGUACAACUUCUCCAAGAACAUCCUCACCCUCAGUGAUACUGGAACUUACUACUGCGCUGUGGCCGUGUGUGGGAAGAUCAUUUUUGGGAACGGGACAAGAGUACAAUUAAGAAAACCUUUACUCAAAGAAUCUGUGGAUCCUGUAGUGAUCUGCCUCGCUGUAGCAUUAGGAGUGUGUGUGGUUGUGAUCUUUGCUCAUGUCGGCCGUUCUGCUCUCGAGGUCAAUUUCUCUGCUUUACAUUUCAAAGAGAGGAAAAUCAAACCCAGUGAUAGAGUGUACACUGAAGUGGUUUACUCCUCUUUUACUUAA